AUGGCACAACUUUUAUCUCUAUACUUGGAUCGGUAUUACUACAAUUGCGCGUUAUCCUACUACUACUACUACUACUACUACUACUACUACUACUACUACUACUACUACUACUACUACUACUACUACUACUACUACCACUACUACCACCACUACUACUACCACUACUACCACCACUACUACUACCACCACCACUACUACUACUACUGUUACUACUGCCACAACAACUACUACUACUACAUCUACUGCCUCUACUACUACUACUACUACUACUACUACUACUACUAA